ACCACUACGGAGACCACUACCACUACCACAUCCACAACAAUGACAACCAUCACCACUACUGAGACCCUGCCUACUACAACAUCUACCACAACACUGACAACCACCACCACAGACACCACGCCUACUACCACAUCCAACACAACGCCAACAACCACUACCUCCCCUCCUACUAGCACAUUCACCACAAGCGCAAGAACCACUACUGAGACCACUACCACUACCACAUCCACAACAAUGACAACAGUCACCACUACUGAGACCCUGCCUACGACCACAUCCACCAAAACCACAACAACCACUACCACAGAAACAUCUCCCACUACAACCACAACCACAAGAAUGACAACCACCACCACAGAGACCCCUCCCACGACCACAUCGACCACAACCCCAACUACCACUACCACAGAAACUCAUCCCACUACCACAUCCACCACAACACUGACAGCCACCACCACAGAGACCACGCCCACUACUGCUUCCAACACAACACCAAAAACCACUACCUCUCCUACUACCACAUCCACCACAAGCCCAACAUCCACUACUGAGACCACUAGCACUACCACAUUGACAACAAUGACAACAAUCACCACUACUGAGACCCUGCCUACUACCACAUCCACCAAAACCACAUCAAUCACUACCACAGAACACCUCCCACAAACCUCCUCCCCCUACCACAACACACACAACACUGACAACCACUACCACAGAAACCACACCCACUACCACUUCCAAAUCAACACAACAAUGACUUCCUCGCGCCCCACAACAAUAUACACAACAACACCGACAACCACCACUCCUGAGACCCCAUCUGCUACCACAUCCACCAUGACCAACUACCACUACUACACAACCCACUCCAACUUCCACAACAACAUCCACCACAACACUGACAACCACAGAGACCCUUCCUACUGUCACAUCCAUCACAAGUUCAACAACUACCACCACAGAACCCCCACCCACAACCACUACCACCACAACACCGACAACCACCUCUACAGAGACCACACCCACUGCCACAUACACCACCAUCCAAACUACCACAAUUACACAAACCACUUCUACUCCAACCACAGCAUCCACUACAACACUGACAACAACCACCACAGAGACCACACCCACUACAACAUCCAACACAACACCAACAACCACUACCGCUCCUACUACCACAUCCACCACAACUCAACUACUACCACCACAGAACCCCCACCCACGACCACUACCACCACAACACCGACAACCACCUCUACAGAGACCACAUCCACUACUACAUACACCACAAUCCCCACUACCACUGUUACAGAAACCACUUCUACUCCAACAACAAAAUCCACCACAACUCUGACAACAACCACCACAGAGACCAUGCCCACUACCACAUCCAACACAAUACCAACAACCACUACCUCCCCUUCCACUACCACAUCCACCACAGCCACAACAAUCACCACUACUGAGACCCCAACAACUACCACAUCCACCACAACCUCAAUUACCACUACCACGGAACCCCCAUCCACGACAACUACCACCACAAAAUCGACAACGACACCUACUGAGACCUCUUCCACCACCAAUUCUUCCACAACCCCGACUACCACUACCACCGAACCACCUUCCACUCCCACCACAUCCACCACAACACUGACAACCACCACCACAGACACCACACCCACUCCCACUUCCAACACGACACCAAAAACCACUACCUCCCCUCCUACUACCACACCCACCACAAACACAACAACCACUACGGAGACCACUACCACUACCACAUCCACAACAAUGACAACCAUCACCACUACUGAGACCCUGCCUACUACAACAUCUACCACAACACUGACAACCACCACCACAGACACCACGCCUACUACCACAUCCAACACAACGCCAACAACCACUACCUCCCCUCCUACUAGCACAUUCACCACAAAAACAUCUCCCACUACAACCACGACCACAAGAAUGACAACCACCACCACAGAGACCCCUCCCACGACCACAUCGACCACAACCCCAACUACCACUACCACAGAAACUCAUCCCACUACCACAUCCACCACAACACUGACAGCCACCACCACAGAGACCACGCCCACUACUGCUUCCAACACAACACCAAAAACCACUACCUCUCCUACUACCACAUCCACCACAAGCCCCAUCACUACUGAGACUACUACCACUACCACAUUGACAACAAUGACAACAAUCACCACUACUGAGACCCUGCCUACUACCACAUCCACCAAAACCACGUCAAUCACUACCACAGAAACACCUCCCACAACAAUCACCACAAGAAUGACAACCACCACCACCGAGACCCCUUCCACACCCACAUUGACCACAACCCUAACUACCACCACCACAGAACCUCCUCCCACUACCACAACACAUACAACACUGAUCACCACCACCACCACAGAAACCACACCCACUACCACUUCCAAAUCAACACCAACAAUGACUACCUCGCGCCCCACAACAAUAUCCACCACAACACCAACAACUACCACUACUGAUACCCCAUCUACUACCACAUCCACCAUGACACCAACUACCACUACUACACAACCCACUCCAACUUCUACAACAACAUCCACUACAAUACUGACAACCAGUACCACGGAGACUGCGCCUACUACCACAUCCAACACAACCCCAACAACCACUACCUCCUCUCACACUACCACAUCCACCACAACUACAAAUACCACUACAACUGAGACCACACCCACUACCAAAUCCACAAUGACAACCACCACCACUACCCCUAAAAGCACAACCACAACUGCUACCACCACAGAAACACCUCCCACAACAGCAUACACCACAACACUGACACCCACCACCACAGAGACCCCAUCUACUACCACAUCAAACACAACCCCAACAACCACUACCUCCCCUCACACUACCACGUCAACCACAACUAAAACCACCAGUACUACUGAGACGACACCCACUACCAAAUCCACAGCAAUAACAACCACCACCACUACUGAGACCACACCCACUACCACAAGCACCACAAAAACAACUGACACUACCACGGAAACCCCUCCCACAACAACAUACACCACAAUACUGACCACCAACACCACAGAGACCCUUCCUACUACCACAUUCAUCACAACACAAACCACCACAACCACAGAACCCACCCCGACUUCCACAACACCAUCCACCACAAUACUGACCACUACCACAGAGACCCUGCCUACUACCACAUCCAACACAAACCCAACAACCACAACGUCCCCGCACACUACCACAUCUACCACAACUACAACCACCACGACUACUGAAACCACACCCACUACGAAAUCCACAACAAUGACAACCACCACCACAGAGACCACAUCCACUACCACACCCAACACAAUACCAACAACCACUACCUCACCCCUCCCAUUACCACUUCCAUCACAAUACCACAACCACAACCAAGACCCAACCUACUACCACAUCCACCAUCACCUUUACUACCAACACCAAGACCACUUCAAUGACCACAUCCACCACCAUCAAGUCAACAUCCACCACCGAUACCCCUCCUACGACCACAGUCCCCACAACUCGGACAACAGCUUCCACUAUGACCAGUAUUAUGACCACAUCUACCACACUACACUCACACCACCUAUUCCUUAUAUGAGUACUAGUACUAGUGCAAUAACUACAUCUUUUAGUACCAUCAUUCCCUCCUCCCCACACACAAUGGUUACCUCCCCAACUGUGUCUUUCACCAGUGUUACAUCUAUAUCUACCAGUACCACUUACUCUACUUCUCAACCUAUGACCAGUACAGCAACUCCAUCGUCCUCUGUCACUUCCAUGGCCACUCCCACACACUCUUUUACUAGUAGAACUUCUCCAACUUCCCCUGAUACAAGCUCUAGUUUUACUGAAACAACCAGCACACCUUUUAUUACUACUCUUUCUACUACCCCAUGUCCAGAGUCCAUAUCAGUUACAAUAGUCCCUACUUCUCCCACCACCAUUUGUAUAGAGACGGAACCUAGUAGUGAGGUUACUUCAAUGUCUACUCUCCCAACAUCAUUCUUUACCUCUACUACUGAAUUGGCCUCCUCUAGUUCUGCCAUCACAAGUACAUUUCCUGCACAUUCGGAGGCUUCUACUUCAGUUCCCACAAUUGGCCCAACUGCCAUUACAACAGAUGCUCCCAGUUCCAUCACCCCUGGGGGCAUUCCCAGUAGCACCCUUGUGAUGAGCACACAGAGCCCCACCAGUGGGACCUGGACAAGUACUGACUUUGUAACCACGCCCCAUGUGCCGAGUUUCACUAGUCCCCCACUGACUACAACACCAAGCAGCAACCUUACAACUGCUGUAAUGACUUCAAGCAAGGUGACAAGUCCCACCUCACCCACCACCAGGAGUCCAGAGACAACGGUGGGCACCACUCAGUCUUCCACUACCCUCACAUCAUCCAGGACCACUUCGACCACUACUAAGAUGACCACCCAGUCUCGGCUGACUACUACUCCAGGUACCUGUGACAAUGGUGGCACUUGGAUGCAGGACCGCUGUCUCUGCCCCCCAGAAUUCUCUGGGGACCGCUGUGAACUGCAGGAGAUCAAGUGCCUGAACGGGGGUAAAUGGGAUGGCCUUAAGUGCCAGUGUCCCAGCACCUUCUAUGGAACCCGCUGUGAGUUGGCUGUGGAACAGAUGGAGCUAGACACUGUGCAGGCUGAAGUGGGCAUGGAGGUGUCUGUGGACCAGGAGUUCUCCUCGGACCUCAACGACAACACUUCCAAGGCCUAUGAGGAUUUCAGCAACACCUUCAGGGCUCAGAUGCAGAAGAUUUAUCAAAAUGUGACAGAGUUCAAGGGUGUGGAGAUCCUGUCCCUGAGGAAAGGCAGCAUCGUGGUGGACUACCUGGUCCUGUUGGAGAUGCCCUUCAGCCCCCAGCUGGAGAGCGAAUAUGAGAAGAUGAAGACAUUGCUCAGGGAGGAGCUCCAAAACUCCAGCCUGGAGGAGAAUGGCUGCAACAACCAGAGCCUGUGUUUUAAGCCUGACUCCAUCAAGGUGAACGACAGCGUCAGCUCGUCAGUGAGCCCUCAAGCCAUCUGUCGCCGAGCCGCUGCCGAGGGCUUUGAGGAUUUCUACUUCCCGUUGGUGGAGGAGAAACGGCUCCGCUGCGUCACCAACUGUACGUCGGGCUUGGACCACACGCUGGACUGUAACCAGGGCCAGUGCGUUCUGGAGAGGACCGGGCCUACCUGUCGGUGCUUCUCUACCGACACACACUGGCUCUCGGGGCCGCGCUGCGAGGUGGCCGUCCCUUGGAGGACGCUGGUCGGGAGCCUGGCGGCCGUCGGGGCGCUGCUGCUGCUGCUCCUGGUGGCGCUGGUGAGCGUCUACCUCGCGCGCUCGCGCUCUCAGCAGAGAGGCCGCCAAGGCAAAGGCUGGGCAUUGGACAAGGACAAGACGUGGUUUGACACGUGGGAUGAGGGCAGCGUUGGGACUUUUACAAACCUGGGCUUCGAGGAUGAAGGAACAGUCAUCCAAGAAAUUGCCCAGGUGGCCUUGGAGACAGUGGACACCAGUGUCAAGGUGCACAUCCAGAGACCCGAGGUGACCUCAUCCUGGCUGUGAGCCCUGAAGGGGCAGAUUCACUUCCCCUCCACCCUGCCCAGAUGGUGGGCAGGAGCUCUCUGCUCUGCCUUCAUUACUAGAGAUGGCCCAGACUCGCGCAGCUGACUCCUGGCUUCCUUGGGCAAAACCAGACCAUGCCCUGACCCAUGCUUCUCCUACUAGAGUGAAAUCCACCUGGAAACCCAGUUCCAAUCCGAGCUCUCCUGCUGUGGAACCCUAGGCCAGUCACCUGUAAACUGGCACAGCUGUCCUGAUCCUUGUAACCAUGCAGACCAGAUGUACUCAUCAGUUCUGUCCCAGCCCACCUUCCAGUCUCCACUCUGUGCUUAAUGGCCUCUCUCAGAUCCCCAAACCCCACACGCCUGCCCAGACUCAGACCUCAGUUUCUGGUUUCCUGUGAGCAUCCCUGUAGCCAGCCCGCAGCCCCCGUCGCUCCUUAUGUAACUCAGCGCUGCCUCCCUUGCUCCUAUCCUUAAACCUUCUCCCCCCGACCGAUUCCUUAAAUCAUCCCGUAUAGCCCAGACCUCAGCCCCAAAUCUCCUCCAUUUUCCUUAAUCUCCCCUUCCCUCUGCCCUAAAUCUCUACCCCUCCCUCCAGUGCCCCAGUCCUAAAUCCCCCCUCCUCCCCUCAUAUCCCUGUCCUUAGCGAGGCACAGAUACCCUCUGCAUCUUAGGACCCCCCUAACUGGUGCUCCCCAAGCCCUGGCCCUCUUUUGAAGCUUCAUCCCUUCC